CUCAGCAGCCCCCAAUGAAGCGCUCGCCUCGGAGGACCAUCUGAAGGAGUCUCGCUUCUUACCAUGAAUCCAGCAGGUCACACAUAACAUCCAAGCGUCUGUCUCGGAAAAGUGGAAAAAACAAGAGCUCCGGAAAGACCAGAAAUAGGCCUGCGAAGUUGUUUUUUUCCUUCUCGGUAUCUGCCAGGAUCUUCGCAGACGAAAAGCGCAUAUAAGUUCGGUUUGGUGCUUUGGGGUUUUGUAACGAGUUGGUUCCUCUCGUACCGACCAUGGAGUACACAUCGUCCCCGAAGCCGCAGCUUUCUUCCCGGGCGAACGCGUUCUCUAUCGCCGCUCUCAUGUCAAGCGGGAAGCCCAAGGACAAGGAGGCGGAGGAGAGCACCAUCAAGCCCCUAGAACAAUUCGUAGAGAAGUCCUCGUGCAACCAGAACCUAGGCGAGCUGUCCUCCCUGGACGGCCACGGGGACUUCAGCGGGAGCGCGCCCUUGGUGUGCACGGAACCGCUCAUCCCCACCAACCCUGGCGUCCCGAGCGAGGAGAUGGCCAAGAUCUCCUGCGGCCUCGAGACCAAAGAGCUGUGGGACAAGUUCCACGAGCUCGGCACCGAAAUGAUCAUCACCAAGUCUGGGAGGAGAAUGUUCCCCACCAUCCGGGUGUCCUUCUCCGGGGUCGACCCGGACGCGAAGUAUAUCGUGUUGAUGGACAUUGUACCCGUAGACAACAAACGUUACCGUUACGCCUACCACCGGUCCUCGUGGCUGGUGGCAGGAAAGGCAGACCCGCCUCUGCCCGCCAGGUUGUACGUCCAUCCUGACUCGCCGUUCACAGGAGAACAGUUACUGAAGCAGAUGGUGUCGUUCGAGAAGGUCAAGCUCACCAACAACGAGCUGGACCAACACGGACACAUAAUCCUGAACUCGAUGCACAAGUACCAGCCCCGCGUGCACAUCAUCAAAAAGAAGGAGCACACCGCCUCGCUGCUCAACCUCAAGUCCGAGGAGUUCCGCACCUUCGUGUUCACCGAGACCGUCUUCACAGCCGUCACGGCCUAUCAGAACCAGCUGAUCACCAAGCUGAAGAUCGAUAGUAACCCGUUCGCCAAGGGUUUCCGGGACUCCUCGCGGCUCACCGACAUGGAGAGCAGGGAAAGUGUUGAGAGUCUGAUCCACAAGCACUCGUACGCCCGCUCGCCCAUCCGCACCUACGCUGGAGAGGAGGACCCGCUGGGAGAGGACGGACACCCGGCCCACUCCAGGGGCUCAGCCUUCACAACGUCAGACAACCUGUCCCUGGGCUCCUGGGUUACCACCACCUCCGGCUUCUCAGGCUUCCAGCAUCCGCAGUCUCUGCCCCACCCCAUCCAGGGCUCCCUGCCCCCCUACAGCCGGCUGGGCAUGCCCCUGACGCCCGGCGCCCUGGCUGGCACCAUGCAGGGCGGUGGGCCGUCCUUCCCCUCCUUCCACAUGCCCCGCUACCACCACUACUUCCAGCAGGGCCCCUAUGCCGCCAUCCAGGGACUGAGGCACUCCUCCACCGUCAUGACCCCCUUCGUAUGACCUCUAUGGUGUCUGUAAGGGCCGACUCCCGCCCCCUUCCCACACUCACAGACACACACACACACACACACACACACACACACACACACACACACACACACACACACACACACACACACACACACACACACACACACACACACACACACACACACUCACACACACACACACACACACACUCCUCGCUCGGCCAGGCCAUCCGUUGUGGCCGACCUAUGUACCUUUGGUGACAACCCGACGGGUCAUGCUUCAUGCUUCAAGCGCGGAUCCGCCCCACGUCGAACCCUCACUAUUGAUUUGUCUUGGUUUGAUGUCUCUCCUCCAGAGUGAUUUUCUUUGUGUUGUAAAUAUUCCCACUGUAGGCCUAUCCCUCCGUCUGUGAAAAUCCAAAAAACAGAACAAUCAGUGGGAGGUAGUACGAGAGAGAGAGAGCGAGAGAGAGAAUGAUUAUGAAGCAGAUCUGCAGACUCCUCUUAUGAACCUCAACGACACAAAUUAUUUCAUAUGAGCUUCAUAUGAACGGAUGUUACCUGACCUGAGUUCCAGACGACACCUCAGCCUUCUAGAAAGAACAAUAUUUUUGGGGAUUUUGGUAAGUUUGUCAAGGCAGUGGCUGUAAGGCAAGUGGAUGGAGACUCACUUUGGUUUGGAAUUUUCUGGCAUGAGUCUGGGCAAGUGUCCGAGAAACCUUUCUUUGAAUUGCCCAGUGAAAUAUCUGAGCUCAGAAAGGGUUUCAAACAUUUCUCCGGUGGAACAGGGGGUGGCAGCCAUCUUGUUUGCUGUGUCUCAUUUUAGAGAUCUGGCAAAAAGAAACAAAAAGCAAUGUUCUGAUGAAAAUAAUGUCAAUAGCAUAUGGUAGAAAGCAAUGUACAAAUAUGUGAAUGCUACAAAUAUAGCCAAUUCUUACUGUAGAAUAAAAUACUUUAGGAGGCAUGCAGAAUCCUGUAGAUCAAUCUUUAAAUAGAUAACAAUGGUAAGUUUUCACCUUAAUUUUAGGCUUUCUACAUCUUCAGAAGCAAAAAGCUUUAACGACCAGUAUUGUUCAAAUAUGUGCACGUGAAUUAGGUUGUAUUGUACAAAUGUCCACCUUUGCUUUUCAAUGAAACUACCUAUAGAGAACUAAAUGGCUAUCCAUCUUGUUUAGAUCAAACACCGCCGGUGUAAUGUCUAAAAUGAAUGUGCACCAAAAUUCAGAAUCAGAUGACCAGAUUCAACAUGUGCAUGUGCGGAUCAUGUUUGAAAGACAUUAAUUGUUCAUACCAAAUCCCAGAGAUACACAUAUUCUUUAUCCUUCAGUGUUGUUACUGGCCGGUCCUCUUGAUAUCCAGAGCUAGCAGUCACUGGGACUAGAGAGCCUCCCGAAGCUAGCGCAUGGCUGACUGUGGGCUCACUGUGUGGGGCUGCCCCAGAGGAAACCAUCGUUAUUCUGUCCUUCUGACAGGAUGGAGGGAAGCGGUAAGGAAAACUCUGUUUACAGCUGGGAGCUCGGAAUUUCCUCACUGAUUGUCUGCAUAAAGGUGAUUGAGGUGUUUAUAUGGCCAAAGUUAAAGCAGUUUGAAAAAUGUUAAUAGAUAAACAUUUGGUAUACACAGGCACUGUGAUGAAUUGGUGAUGGAUGACAUUCCCGUUAAGAACAUACCUGUUUUCAAAUGCUAUUUAAGGAGGGGACAGAAUAAGGGGUUUGGAUGCAGUUACAGCCAGCAUUCAGAAUGACAUCAGGAUUAUCUAAUACACAUACCAGGGAUAUGAUGAAUGAUUUACAGAAUUGUGUGAAUUGUCAGACAUCUUAUUGAUACCCACAGAGGAAUGCCAUGAAAGGAAUUCUGAAAAUAUAAUCCAAAUACAUUUGCAUCCUAUAUAAAGAUCGACCUUGGUUCAAAGAAAAGGUUAAGUGGCAGCAUGACAUCAAACUGGUGCUUAACAGUAAUAUAUAAACUUCAUAAUGUGACCCCUUGCAUAUGUUUUGUGUGCAAGCAGUACAAGCUUAUUCACCUGAGGGCCAUAGGAUGAACAUGGUUGCUAUUAUACACUUUACCCACCUUAUUCCGAAAUUAAAGUAAAUCUCUGGUCCUGUCCUGACAUGAAAUGUAUCAAAACAGAUUGUACAUAUAAAGUGAACUUCAUAACUGUUGUUAGAUAACAUUUGUCAAGGACUUCUCUCUCUGUAUUCGCUCAUCUUUUACGAACACUGAAAAAUAACUGCUUAUUUGUCUUUGUUUCACUUAUUUGGUUUGUUGGUGAAUUCUUUGUAUGCCAUACAUAGGCCUAACCUGAAUAUGACACCCAAGAUAUUGUGUUUUGAAUUUUAAGUGCAAUAUAUUUAUUUUGCUCUCUGAGAAGGAAAUGUAAUGUACUAUGCCACGUUUAAAAAGUUGUUAUUUGUAAACUUGAGAAAUAUAUAUCGCCACACAAUGAUUUGUUUGCAUUGUCUUUUCUAUCAAGUCACUCAUUUGAAAACACAAGUUUAACAUAUGAUCAGUCUCUGAUUUUGGUAUUCUGUCCAUUACAUCUCUAAACGGAUGACUGGUAGGACUUGGUUUAUAUUUUCUGUUGCAUAGCUUUUUUAAAGAAAAUUAUAGCUAAACACCAACGCUUUUGACCUUGUUUUUUAUCGAUAGCAAAUUAACUGAUGCCCUCAAAUUCUUUAAAUGUAUCCUACAGCGCCCCCUAGUGGUGCAUCUUAGUGAGUGCUUGUUAUGUGUUUUUCAACAGCAAAAGAAAGCAAGCAGAACAAUGUUUGAGCUCUUCUAAAAUGUUAAUUGGGAUGCAAGGAACCUUUAGCUCUUUGUAAACAGCUGCCUGUUAGGGCUCUUGCUCAAGGACAAGAUUGCCAUUUCAAUUUAAGAGGUGCUUUAGCAAUUAGACAGGGCUACUGGGACUUAAACCCUUUUAGAAUGUGAAUUGAUACAGCCGACCGUUACACUGCAAGCAUAUACUGACCGCAAUGCCCACGGACAGCCCAAAGUCAGCACACAGACAUGUGUGCAUGUAUAUGCAUGUGUACCGUGCAAAUUGCAGGGGCAUAAACAAGCAAUUAC